UGCAUUUUUGGAGAGGAAUGCAAAGUCUUCCCCGCUGGAACAUUUACAUACAUUCACAAAAGCAACAGGUAAAUACAUGACGUAAGGCCGUCGUCCCCUCCCUCUUUUACCCCUCAGUCCCUCCUGCUCCCCCAGCUGCUGUUGUGUCCUGCCUGGCUGCCCGGUGUCUGCUACGCUGCUCCCCGCUCUGCCCCGCUCCUUCCCCGGACCCCGCCUCGCACCGCCCCGGCUACCGAACUCCCAGUGAAUGCACUAGCCAGCAACCAUGACAGGCAUCGCCGCCGCGUCUUUCUUCUCCAACUCCUGCAGGUUCGGGGGUUGUGGGCUCCAGUUCGAGUCUCUGGCCGAGCUAAUCGUCCACAUCGAGGACAAUCACAUCGACACAGAUCCUCGUGUCCUGGAGAAACAGGAGCAACAACAGCCCACCUACCUGGCCCUGAGCUACAUUAACAGGUUUAUGACGGACGCGGCACGUCGGGAGCAGGAGACCCUGAAGAAGAAGGCCACACCCAAACUUUCCCUGUCAAUCACAGGUGGCGUGUCUCGGAACAGCGUGGCCACACCUCCACGGCACAGCAACGGCAACCUGACUCCCCCCGUGACUCCUCCCAUCACACCCUCCUCCUCCUUCCGUAGCAGCACGCCCACAGGCAGUGAGUAUGAUGAUGAGGAGGUGGACUAUGAGGAGUCAGACAGUGAUGAGUCCUGGACCACAGAGAGUGCCAUCAGCUCAGAGUCUAUCCUCAGCUCCAUGUGUAUGAAUGGAGGAGAGGAGAAACCCUUCGCCUGCCCUGUGCCUGGCUGCAAGAAGAGAUACAAGAAUGUGAACGGUAUUAAAUACCAUGCCAAGAACGGACACCGGACCCAGAUCCGUGUGCGGAAGCCCUUCAAGUGCCGCUGUGGGAAGAGCUACAAGACGUCCCAGGGCCUGAGACACCAUACCAUCAACUUCCACCCGCCCGUCUCCGCCGACAUCAUCCGCAAGAUGCAGGGCUAGAGAGCCCCCCCCCCAAACAUUUCCCUAUUCCCCACCAGCACUCCCAACCCAACCACCCCACACUUUUUCAUUGUCAAUAUCCACCCCACCUUGACCAACCAACCAAAACAUAUCCCUAUCCCUUCUAGCCCAACCUUAGGGGUGACAACCCCUAUCCCUUCUAGCCCAACCUUAGGGGUGACAACCCAAACCCCUAUCCCUUCUAGCCCAACCUUAGGUGUGACAACCCCUAUCCCUUCUAGCCCAACCUUAGGGGUGACAACCCAAACCCCUAUCCCUUCUAGCCCAACCUUAGGGGUGACAACCCAAACCCCUAUCCCUUCUAGUCCAACCUUAGAGGUGACAACCCAAACUCCUAUCCCUUCUAGCCCAACCUUAGG